GAGACAGAGACAGAGAGAGGGAGAGAGAGAGAGGGAAAGAAAGAGAAAAAAAAGGAAUGCUUGUGUGAAAGACCGACGAAAGUUUGGUACAUAAGAAGAAAGUGACAGACAGAUAGAUUGAGAGAUAAACAGACAGACAGAUAGAUUGAGAGAUAAACAGACAGAUAGAUAGACAGACAGAUAGAUAGAUUGAUAGAUAGAGAGAGAGAGAGAGAGAGAGAGAGAGAGAGAAAGAAAGAAAGAGGAGGGAGGAAUAUACAGAAAGAGAAAUGAAACCAGUUCAAAUUGAAAGACAAUAAAAUGUGUGAGGACAAGAGGACAAAACGCAGACAUAAAAUGGAGUGAGAGGAAGUAAAAGCGAGAGAAAGGCAAGACAUGAAACACAGAGCAUAGAAAACGAAAAAAUCCACACAGAGAAAACGAAAGAAAAAGACAAAGAGAGAGAGAUAAAAAAUAAAAUAUAACCAGAACGAAAUCGAGCGACAGAGAGAGAGAAAAAGUAAUAGAAAGAAAAAAAUAAAAUAACAAAAGCAAAAAAAAAAAAAAAAAAAAAAAAGAAGACAGCGAGUGAGCAGGAAGAUAAGACAAUAAAUCAAAAGCAAAAGAAAACAAACAAACAAAGAAAAACAAACAAAAAAAUUAGACGAACCAAACACUCAAGCAACACAACGAGAAUAACAUCUAAAAAGAAGAUAGAAGAUAGAAAAGAAAGAAUUAAAGCAAAAUGAGUUACGAAGACGUCCGCUGUGGUUGCUUCUGGGAAAACCUCCCUUACUGUGCCCGAGCGCUGGGCGUGGCAACGGCUGUGGUACUAUGGGGCGUUGGCGUGGACAUGGUCUACCAUCAUCACAACCUUGGAGCUUAUAUAUUGAUGUUCUCGAUCACGCUCCUCUUCCUCGAGGUUACGUGGGUCGUCACUCUCUUCCUCACGGUGUGCGUCAGGAACGAGAGCAGCAGGGUGUUCGCAUGCUGGGGCGUCGUGCUGUGGCUGGACACGUGGAAGAAGGCACUCCUUUACUGGACCUUUGCCUCGCUUUUGCUCAUCAAGCCGCAUACCCUCUGGCUUACUACGGUUUCAGGCGGUAUGCUCAUAGGCCUAGGCUUUCUCCACCUCCUGCUGGUGUACAAGAAGAAGCUGGAAGCGAAGGAAGCCCUUUUGGAAGCCAAGGAGGAUUCCUAUGACAGGUACGAAGAGGAGGGCGAACCGACAGUGCCAGAGAGUGCCAACAACAACACAGACUCCGACACGGCCUCCAACCACGACUACAUUCUCCAGGUUUAAGACACUCCAUGCAGCGCGAAGAUGUAGAUAUGUAGUUACGACCUCAUCUUCCAACCUUACGACCACACUCUCCGCUAUCUACGAGCAUAUUCUGCAAGGUUGCUACGUUUCUGCAACUUACAAUCAUGACAUUGCAAUCGGACUGGAGCGAGUAUGAUUCCCUUGCAGGAAGGUCUUGCGCGUCCGUUUCACAUUACACAUAGAGCUUCAUCCGUAUUUAGAGAGUAAGUGAAAUGUGGUGGGGAUACCGUAGAGUUAUAUGCGCCUUUCACUGUUUUCAUGUCUCUUUUUUUUAUCAGUAUGGAUUUUAUUCAAAUGUAUUUUCACGUGGUAUUCGGUCUGAUUCACAUAAAGCUAAGUAUUUUUAGCGCUGCCAUUAGAAUUGGUAUGGAAGCUCAAUAUUGUUAUUUACGACUCCUUCAAUUAGACACGAAACAAGAUUAAAAAGGAUCAGAGUAUCAUCAUAUUCAUAUGAUGCUGCGAUUCCCUAAUGUAAAUGAAAAAGCAUGUCGCUUUUUUUCCUCUAAAUUUCCAACAUCAGAUGAAGCGGCAACUUUUAGUAUGUAUAUAAAGAAAAGCAGAUUUUUAUUGACAAAACACCCGCUGUCAAAUGGAUUUGUUGACUCCUACAUUUACAUUUACGGCAAAGGUGUGAAUGAGAAAAAGACAAGGAAGGAUUGCGAGGGAAGAAGAGAGUGGGAGAGAGAGGAAUGUAAAGAGAGAGAAAG